CUCGGCGCGCGGUGGCCAAUCAGGGGCGAGCUCGCGGCUUAACGUUCGUUCCGGUGCAGCGGCAGGCAGCAGGCGGCGGCAGGAUGUUUUAUCACAUCUCCCUGGAGCAUGAGAUCCUACUGCACCCACGGUACUUUGGGCCCAAUCUGCUCAACACCGUCAAGCAGAAGCUCUUCACUGAGGUGGAGGGAACGUGCACGGGCAAGUAUGGCUUUGUCAUUGCUGUCACCACCAUCGACAACAUUGGUGCUGGCGUCAUCCAGCCAGGACGCGGCUUUGUCCUUUACCCUGUAAAGUACAAGGCCAUCGUUUUCCGCCCCUUCAAGGGGGAGGUGGUGGACGCCGUGGUGACGCAAGUGAACAAGGUUGGACUCUUCACAGAGAUUGGCCCCAUGUCCUGCUUUAUCUCCCGCCAUUCUAUCCCUUCUGAGAUGGAGUUCGACCCCAACUCAAACCCUCCAUGCUACAAGACGGUAGAUGAGGACAUUGUGAUCCAGCAGGAUGAUGAGAUCCGCCUGAAGAUCGUGGGGACGCGGGUAGAUAAGAACGACAUUUUUGCCAUCGGCUCCCUCAUGGAUGAUUACCUGGGUCUUGUGAGCUGAAGUGUGACUGUUGUGUAAGUGGUGGCUGGGCCCAGAGGCAAUGGGCCCUUCCUGCCCACUGCCUCCCACGCUACUGGCAGAAAGUGCGUGAUGGAGCCCAGGAGGAACAGAGCAGAGGGCACCCGGUGACUGGCCUGGCUUCCCUUCGGUCCUUAAUCUUUGCUAAUAAAAGAUUCUUUAUUUUUAAACAAAA